CCGCUCGCGUCACAUCCGUCGCGCGGCGAUGGCGGAGCGGAGCCCGGCGGCGCGGCGGGGCUGAGCGGCGGCAUGGAGGGGAGCCGGCCGCCCGCCUGCACCACGCAGGUCAGCUUCGUCUGCCAGCGCUGCAGCCAGCCGCUGAAGCUCGACACCUCCUUCAAGAUCCUCGACCGCCUCACCAUCCAGGAGCUCACCGCCCCGCUGCUGUCCGCCGCCCCUGCCCGGCCCGGGGACGCGCACGAAGAGGAGAGCGCGCUGACGGAGGAAGCCUUCGCCGAGAACCGGCAGGAUGGCGUCUCCAGGAGGUUCAUCCCGCCUGCCAGAAUGAUGUCAACAGAAAGCGCCAAUAGUUUCACACUGAUCGGAGAGGCGUCAGAUGGCGGCACGAUGGAAAACCUCAGCCGGAGACUGAAGGUCACCGGCGACCUCUUUGACAUUAUGUCUGGGCAGACAGAUGUGGAUCACCCUCUGUGUGAGGAAUGCACAGACACUCUGCUAGACCAACUAGACACCCAGCUUAACAUCACAGAGAACGAGUGCCAGAACUACAAGAGAUGUCUGGAGAUACUGGAACAAAUGAACGAGGACGAUAAGGAGAAACUGCAAACAGAACUGAAAGAACUUGCACUGGAGGAAGAGCAACUGAUUCAGGAGCUAGAGGACGUUGAGAAGAACCGCAAGAUUGUGGCUGAAGACUUCGAGAGAGUCAGAGCAGAGGCAGAGCGGCUGGAGCAGGAAGAAGCUCAGUAUCAGAAAGAAUACUGUGAAUUCAAGAGGCAACAAUUGGAGCUAGAUGAUGAGCUGAAAAGUGUGGACAACCAAAUGCGCUAUGCCCAGAUGCAGUUGGAUAAAUUAAAGAAAACCAACGUGUUCAAUGCAACCUUUCACAUCUGGCACAGUGGUCAGUUUGGCACGAUAAAUAACUUCAGACUUGGCCGUCUCCCCAGCGUUCCUGUAGAAUGGAAUGAGAUCAAUGCUGCCUGGGGGCAGACUGUGCUGUUGCUACAUGCCCUUGCUAACAAAAUGGGCCUGAAGUUUCAAAGAUACCGUCUUGUACCAUAUGGCAACCACUCGUAUUUAGAGUCCCUCACAGACAAAUCAAAGGAGCUCCCCUUGUACUGUUCUGGAGGCCUAAGGUUCUUCUGGGACAAUAAGUUUGAUCAUGCAAUGGUGGCUUUCCUGGACUGUGUGCAGCAAUUUAAAGAGGAAGUGGAAAAAGGCGAAACUCGGUUUUGCUUGCCGUAUAGGAUGGACGUGGAGAAAGGAAAGAUUGAAGAUACAGGUGGCAGUGGUGGAUCUUACUCUAUUAAAACACAAUUUAACUCUGAGGAGCAAUGGACAAAAGCACUAAAAUUCAUGUUAACUAACCUGAAGUGGGGUCUUGCCUGGGUCUCAUCCCAAUUCUAUAACAAGUAACCGUGUAAAGAACUUGUCCUGGCAGCUGUAGAGUGUCUGCAUUUCAUUGGAGAAAGUCAAAUUAAGAUGUCUCUUAAUAUUAACCAGUACAAAAUGUUUACAAUACCAAAAAUCCACAAGACACUUUAUUUAGAAUAUCAUUAUUACAAGUAGUAUAUAGAAAAGCAAUAUGUAAAGUUAUAUCAUUGAGCUGAACAGAAUAAAAAAAAAUUAGCUAUUAAAUAGAUGCUAAACUGGUACUUUUGGGGUUUGUAGAUACGCAUAUAAAUUACUGUUGAACUUCAAAACACCAGUGAGUUUGAUACAACUCUGUUACAGCUUAACACAUAGGUUAGAAAAACAAAAUGUUACAAACACAGGGAAUAACAAGAAAGAACUCACUGAAGCUCUGCUUGGUCAUUAAAGAGUAACUACAGUUUGAAAUAAAGUAUUUUCUAAGUCA